GUAGAGAAGGCUAAAGUUGCAACGAUGUAUUAAUUUGUAUAUAAAAUGGGGAAAUAUUCGCAUGACUUAUCAAAAAACAACACCCCAAAGGCAACAAUAGCAACUUCUAAGGUGCUCAGUACAUUAAUCAUCGCUGUUGUCGUAUGCACUGCUAUUGUAUCUGCAAGCUCGGUCACAAGGUCAGGAGUAAAAGAACUGAACAACUUGGAGUUUACAGGCAUGGGGACCCAAAGAUGAAAUUAAGGAGGACGAAUACAUGGUAGAUGUGGACAUGUUUGGGACGAGCGAAAAUAAUAUCAAGACCCUUGUCGAUGCUGGCCAUUAUGUUGUAUGCUAUAUCGAUUUGGGAACGGCCGAGGAUUGGAGACCAGACUAUGAUCAGUUGGUUAAGUACUGUCCCGAAGACUCAGCUUAUUCUGAUGAAAGAUGGCUAGAUAUCACGCAAUGGGAAUUUGCGCCUAUUAUGGACGAUAGACUGCAGGAAGCUAAGGACAAGGGAUAUAUGGGUCUAGAAUACGACAACAUUGAUUGCGAGAGUUAUGGUGCCAAUUGCGUGCCUGGUGAGAGCAUCUCGUCUUUAAAACCAUAUGAGAUUGCCUACUUGACUUAUUUGGCCGACAAAGCGCACGAUUUGGGAAUGUCAGUUGGGAUGAAGAAUGCGGUUGACUUGAUCACAACCAUUGGCGACAAGUUUGAUUGGGCAAUCAAUGAGAGCUGUGCAGCUUACAACGAAUGUGGACUAUAUGAACCCUUCAAGCAAGCCAAUAAAGCUGUAUUUGGUGUCGAGUACGAUGAUGGAAGCAAAGACUGCAGCAGUGAACAGAAGGACGGGAUUGUAAUGAAGUACGAAGAAAAUGAGGAAUGGCACAACUGUUCAAACUAGGUCUAUAAAUUCAAACUAUUCUAUUAAACUAUGGAC